AUGAUACUGGGAGGAGACAUGAACAUACAUCUGCAAGUUGAGGAUGAAAAGUACUCUAUCUUCAAGUAUCUUCUCCAGAGUCAUGGUCUAUUUAUCACAAACCGUGAACCGACUCGUGGUAGCUCCUGCUUGGACACAAUUGCAACAUCCUUGAACACCUGGGAAUAUGAAGUGACUGUUGUUGAUCCAGUUAUUGCUGACCAUGAUGCAGUUGUGAUGGACCUGCACCUGGGGCUGGUGAGUGAUUCUGGAGCUGGGCAGCCUGAUACUGGACCAAUCGCAUAUCGUACUAUCAGGGCAGACCGACUGCCUCUCUUCAAGGCUGCUCUUGAUGGUGUUGACUGGAGCAAUGUUCUGAACUGUUAUCAGCCAGAGAACGCAUUUGGUGUUUUCUUUGAGUCUUUUAUGGAUGUGUUCAACAGUCAUUUUCCUUUAAAAGCCAGAACUUCCAGGAAAUUUGCAAGGAAUCAUGGAAAGUCUGUAAAGAUUCUCAAUGACAAAUCCUGGUACACACCAAGGCUGGCACAAAUCAGAAAUUUGAUUGUUGCUCUCCAUGCGAGGAUGGGGCUCAUUGAUGAUGAGGGGGACAGACUUCAUCUCCACAACCAGUACCUGAGAGCAAAGAGCAUUUAUCGAGCUGAGGUUGAUGCUGCUAAAAGGGCGGCCAACAUGUCAAAAAUUGAAUCUGCAGGAAACCCAUGUAAAGCUGCCUGGGACCUCAUAAACCAGAUCUCCAAAGAUUGUUCGAGACCUAAAUGUAAAGCUACACCGGAUGAAUUCAACAGCUUUUUUAUUGGUGAGGUGGAAAAGAUAGUUGCUUCCAUGAAUGAUGUGAGAUACAAUGCUCCUGGUUACAAUAACAACCAAGUGAAGUUAGAACGGUGGAAGGAGGUCAGACCUGCAGAUGUUGUUCGUGUUAUUCGCGGCUUCAAGAACUCCCACAGUCCAGACGUCCAUGGAGUUACAGUUGGUGUGCUGAAGUGUGCUGCAGAUGGGAUUGCUCUUCCCCUGUCUCAUGUGCUCAAUGUCUGUAUGCGACAUGGCUGUUUUCCUGAUGUCCUGAAGUUAUCCCGCACGAUUCCGGUCUUCAAAAAGGGUGACCCUGAGUCUAUGAACAACUAUAGACCUAUAUCAAUCAUUCCUGUAUUGGGUAAGGUGUUUGAGGUCCUAAUGAAGGAGCAACUUGUGUUCCACUUUGAGAGAAAUAAUCUUUUUUCUGACGCACAGCAUGGCUUUAGAAGUGGAAGGUCUAAGUUUACAGCUGUCUCAGAGAUGAUUGAUUUUAUUGUUAAAGCCUUUGAGGAGAGAGAUCUUGUUCACCUGGUCCUUGCUGAUCUGAGUAAGGCAUUUGAUUGCGUGCCUCAUUGA